AUGGCGGAUGGACUGCAUUACAUAGUGCUGCCCGGAAAGGUCAUCUUGAAGUCACCAAAUAUCUCAUCAGUCAAGGAGCUGAGUCAAGGAGCUGAGGUGAAGAAGGGAGAUAAUGAUGGUUGUACUGCAUUACAAAGUGCUGCUUAUUAUGGUCAUCUUGAUGUCACCAAACAACUCAUCAGUCAGGGAGCUGAGGUAAAUAAUGGAGAUAAUGAAGGUCGGACUGCAUUACACCUUGCCGCAAUGAAAGAUCAUCUUCAAGUCACUAAAUAUCUCAUCAGUCAAGGAGCUGAGGUGAAGAAGGGGGAUAAUGAUGGUUCAACUGCAUUACAAAGUGCUGCUUAUUAUGGUCAUCUUGACGUCACCAAACAUCUCAUCAGUCAAGGAGCUGAGGUAAAUAAUGGAGAUAAUGAAGGUCGGACUGCAUUAGUCCUUGCCGCAAUCAAGGAUCAUCUUGAAGUCACUAAAUAUCUCAUCAGUCAAGGAGCUGAGGUGAAUAAAGGAGGUAUCGAUGGUCGUACUGCAUUACUAAGUGCUGCUCUGGAAGGUCAUCUUGAUGUCACCACAUAUCUCCUCAGUAAAGGAGCUAAGGUGAAUAAAGGAGAUAAUGACGAUUGGACUGCAUUACAAAGUGCUGCUCACAAUGUCAAGGAGCUGAGUCAAGGAGCUGAGGUGCAGAAGGGAGAUAAUGAAGGCUGGGCUGCAUUCCGAUGUGCUGCUCAGGAUGGUCAUCUUGAUGUCGUCAAAUAUCUCAUCGGUCAAGGAGUACAGGUGAAUAGUGGAGAUAAAGACGGUUGGACUGCAUUGCACAGUGCUGCUCAGAAUGGUCAUCUUCGUGUCACUAUAUAUCUCAUCUUUAAAGGGGCUGAAGUGAAUAAGGGAGAUAAUACAGGUUUGACUGCAUUACACAGUGCUUCUAAGAAUCGUCAUAUUCGUGUCACCAGGUAUCUCAUCAGUAAAGGAGCUAAGGGAGCUGACGUGAGUAAAGGAGAUGAUGAAGGCUGGCCUGCAUUACACAGAGCUGCUCAGGAAGGUCAUCUUGAUGUCACCAACUACCUCAUCAGUCAUGGAGCUGAGGUGAAUAAAGGAGAUAAUUGCGGUCGAACUGCAUUACAAAGCGCUGUUUAUUAUGGUCAUCUUGAUGUCACCAAAUAUCUCAUCAGUCAGGGAGCCAAGGUGAAUAAUGGGGAUAACAAAGGCUGGACUGCAUUACACAGAGCUGCUCAGGAAGCUGAGGUGAAUAAUGGAGAUAAUGAAGGCUGGACUGCAUUACACAGAGCUGCUCAGGAAGGUCAUCUUGAUGUCACCAAGUAUCUCAUCGAUCAAGGAGCCGAGGUGAGUAGGGGAGAUAAUGAAGGUUUGACUGCAUUCCGCUGUGCUUCUCAUUAUGGUCAUCUUGAUGUCGCCGAAUAUCUCAUUGGUCAAGGAGCUGAGGUGAAUAAGGGAGAUAAUAAAAGUCAGACCGCAUUACACAGAGCUGCCCAGGAAGGUCACCUUGAUGUCACCAAGUAUCUCAUCAAUCAAGGAGCUGAGAUGAGUAGGGGAGAUAAUGAAGGUUUGCCUGCAUUCAGCUCUGCUGCUCAUUAUGAUCAUCUUGAUGUCGCCGAAUAUCUCAUCGGUCAAGGAGCUGUGUUGAAUAAGGAAGAAAAUGAAGAUCUGACUGCAUUACGCUGUGCCGCUCAUUAUGGUCACUCUGAUGUCACCAAAUAUCUCAUCAGUCAAGGAGCUUUGUUAAAGUCCUUCUGGCAAAAGGAGCACGUUCUGAAACAGGAGACAUUCAGGGACACAUACCUUCUCAACUGUCUUCAUUCAUCGGGUACCAAAGCAUCGACAGUUCAAAUUCCGAGGUAA